AACAUCCGCCAUGGAGAAUAAUCUGGAGCAGCAGUUCUCCGAGGAUCUAUUGAUCGCAAAAUCUUCAAAUUUGGUAAGAGAAGACUCAGACCCAAUCCCAGUUGACCUUCUUAUUGAUAUCUUGUCGAGAGUCCCGGCAUAUUCAAUAGCUAGGUUUCGUUGCGUAUCCAAAUCAUGGGAAUCCAUACUUCGUCGUCCUGAUUUCACAGAGCUGUUCCUCACUAAAUCUGUGUCUCUUCCACGGCUCCUUUUCGUCGUCCCAGUUAAUGAAGACUCAGAUGAUGAAGACCCAUUUAAUGAAGCGUCAUUUGUCUCCUCUUCGCCUCAACCUCAAAAUCCAGAUGAUAAGUCUUCUCUCGUAGCCACCCCUUUUAAAAAGUGUUUUUUUCGCAAAUAUAUUCCAUGGGAUUUGAGUCCCCAAGUAGUCGGUGGAUUGGUCUUCCUUCAACACAGCUGGCGAACAAAACCGCAGGUGAUCUUUAACCCCGUCACUGGAGAGUCCAUAUUUUUACCCAGUAUGAAAGCUAGCGGUAUUAAGAGAAGCUAUUUUGGCUUUGAUCCGAUCAGCAAACAGUUCAAAGUGUUGUGUAUCACAUGGUCACGUUAUGAAACACCCGAUACUCAUCGGAUUUUGACAUUGGAGACUGGAAUAAAACGUCGAUGGAGGACGAUCCAAGGCCCAGUACUUCCCCAUGAUUAUAUUAAUGAUGGAAUAUGCAUAAAAGGUGUUCUGUAUUACGAAGCUACAUUUCCUGAUGGAUGUUCUAAGAUGGUUUGCUUCGACUUUAGGUUUGAGAAAUUCAGCUUUGUUAAACUACAUAAAGACAUUGUCCCUACUCAGAGGUUAAAAUUGUUCAACUGCAAAGGUAAAUUAGGUGCACAUCAGCGCUGUGGGUUUUCUGAAGAAAGAUUUGCGUUGUGGGUUUUAGAAGAUGCUGGACAACAUAAAUGGUCGAAACGUAUAUGCAUAUUGCCAUCCAAACUCAACAAAGCAUGUUUCUUUCUUGGAAUGACUGGUACUGGUGAGAUUGUAUUUUCUCCGCUCACAGGCUAUCACCCUUUCUGCAUUUCCUACUACAAUAUAGAGAGGAACACGGUUACAAGAAUCAAUAUUCAGGGUUUUGAAAAGUUUCAGAAUCAAUCUUCUUUUGUUUCCACCUUUCUGGACUAUGAAGAAAAUUUAAAGGCUUCAUUACGACUUUAAAUUUUGGAUUUCAGCUCUUAUGAUAUUGUGUUACUCGUAAGGUUAACUAAUGUUCGGAUUUUAUCUUAAAAACAGAUCUAAUUAAAACCCCUAUAUUAUAUGAUGUUGC